ACAGAAAUAACAGCAGAAAGAGUGUGUGAGAGUGAAAAAAAGAAGAAAAAAAAAUUUAUCCAGCACAAAUUGUGCAAAAAAAGUAUUCUACGGUUCGCCUUUAAGCCCCCAAUAUCAGUUAUGUGGGGAAUUUUGGAGACAAUACAACAACGCAUAGAGAAAGAAAAAAACUAGAAGAAAAAAAGAAAAGAUUGCAAUUUAAAGUACCUACACAGUGUAGUAGUUAGAGGCGCCUGGAAAACACACACACACAACCCAAAACCGAGGCAACGCAAGACGACGGGGUUCAUAAUUUUUUGUGUGACGGAACAAUUUUUGUAUUAGUUUCGUGCUGCAAGUUUUACACGGUGUACAAAAAAGUUAAUAAUAUUAUUGAAGAAAAAUAAGAAAAUUUAAUUAAAAAAAGUGCUUUUUAAAUUAAUUAACAAAAAAUAUAAUAGUUAAAUUGAUAAAAAAAUUUAUAAUAAUAUAAAAAAAUUAAACGUGAAAUCAAACAGCGAAAAUGGCAUUGAAAGUGUUGGUUGGACAAAGUAAAAAUUAUGAACGAGGUGGUGAAAUACAAACCACCACCUCCGAAAAAAGCAGGCGCUGCAGCGGCGGCUGCUGCUGCUUCGAAGGCUAACAUGGAUUGGCGUGUAUUGGUUGUGGACAAGUUGGGCAUGCGCAUGGUAUCGGCCUGUACAAAAAUGCAUGAAAUCAGUGCCGAGGGCAUAACUUUGGUGGAGGAUAUUAAUAAGAAACGUGAACCAUUACCAUCUAUGGAUGCUAUAUAUUUAAUAACACCUUCACAAGAAUCGGUGGCUGGUUUAAUAAGGGAUUUUGAAAAUCCUGCCCGUCCCAUGUAUCGUUAUGCUCAUGUCUUCUUUACUGAGGCCAUUCCUAAUGAAAUUUUUGAUAUGAUUAAGGCUGAAAAGAAUUUAUUACGCUAUAUGCGUACUUGCAAAGAAAUCAAUAUAGCAUUUCUAGCCUAUGAAAGUCAGGUCUACUCGCUCGAUUCGCCAGACAGUUUUCAGUGUUUGUACUCUCCGGCAUUCGCUUCGAUACGCGCCAAACACAUCGAGCGCAUUGCCGAGCAAAUUGCCACCUUGUGUGCUACGCUCGGCGAGUAUCCGAUGGUGCGAUAUCGCACUGAUUGGGAUCGCAACAUCGAUUUAGCUGCUGUCGUUCAGCAAAAACUGGAUGCGUACAAGGCUGACGAGCCAACGAUGGGCGAGGGUUCCGAGAAGGCACGUUCACAAUUAUUGAUUUUGGAUCGUGGUUUUGAUUGUGUAUCACCACUCUUACAUGAGUUAACACUACAAGCGAUGGCCUACGAUCUAUUGCCCAUCACCAAUGAUGUCUAUCGUUUUACACCGGGUCCCAAUCAGCCCGAAAAAGAAGUACUGCUCGACGAGAACGAUGAUCUGUGGGUAGAGUUGCGUCACGAACAUAUUGCCGUUGUAUCGACACAGGUUACACAGAAUCUUAAGAAAUUUACCGAUUCAAAGAGAAUGUCUUCUACCGACAAGGCCUCCAUGCGUGAUUUAUCGCAAAUGAUUAAGAAAAUGCCACAAUAUCAAAAGGAACUCUCCAAAUAUUCCACUCAUUUGCAUUUGGCUGAAGAUUGUAUGAAGUCUUAUCAGAAUUAUGUGGAUAAACUUUGCCGUGUGGAACAGGAUUUGGCCAUGGGCACCGAUGCUGAAGGUGAAAAAAUCAAGGAUCAUAUGCGCAGUAUUGUUCCCAUUUUACUUGAUACUAACGUUUCCAACUUUGAUAAAGUACGCAUUAUUGCUUUGUAUGUCAUGAUUAAGAAUGGCAUUACCGAGGAAAAUCUUACUAAAUUAUUUACGCAUGCCCAACUAUCGCCCAAAGAUCAAGAUAUGGUACGCAAUUUAAGCCAUUUGGGUGUUAAUGUUAUUGCUGAUUCACGUAAAAAAACUUAUAAUGUUCCACGUAAGGAGCGUAUUACCGAACACACCUAUCAAAUGUCUCGCUGGACUCCAGUUAUUAAAGACAUCAUGGAGGAUUGUAUUGAGGAUAAAUUGGAUCAGCGUCAUUUUGCUUUCUUGGCUGGACGGGCACAGAAUACCAAUUAUCAUGCUCCAACUAGUAGUGCCCGCUAUGGCCAUUGGCAUAAAGACAAAACCCAGGCACAGGUUAAGAAUGUACCACGUCUUAUUGUCUUUAUAACGGGUGGCGUAGCAAUGUCCGAAAUGCGUUGUGCUUACGAAGUAACAAAUGCUAUUAAAAAUUGGGAAGUCAUUAUUGGUUCAUCGCAUAUUUUGACACCCGAAAAUUUCUUAAGUGAUUUGGGUUCACUUUCCAAAGAAGACUAGAAGUGUGUUAAAAUAAAUGAAAUAACAGAAGAGCAGAUAGAAAAUAAUGCUUAACAACAACAAUAAUAAUAGCAAGACAACACAACAGUAUAAUUAUUUAAUAUUAUAUAAUUUAUAAAAUAAUAAUUAUAAGAACAAUUUAAAAGAAUAAAAGAUUUAAAGUAAAAUAAUAUUCAAAGCUUAGACAACAAAGGCGAAAAAAACAAAUGUGUAGUAAAAAUUUGAAUUAUUUAAAUAAUAAUGUUGUUUUUUAAUUUUCUUAAAUUAUUGGCAAAAAAAUAAUAACAUUUAACUUCUUAUUAACUUUAUUAACUUAAUAAUAACUAAUUGUGCAAUUUCAGUGGUUUUUUUAAGAUAUUUUUUUCCAAAUAAAAAUUUUUAAUUCAAAAUUAAAUUUAAUAUAUUUUUUUUUUUUUUCAAAUUAAAAUAACUAUUUACUUAAAAAACAAAUGUUAUUGCAAUAGAAUGAACAAGUUUCUAAUAAACAAAAAUUACAAAUAAAAAUAAAAAUUAUUUAUCUCUAUAUGUUUAAACAUCUGCUGCUAAAAUGUCUUCUUUAAUUAAAACAAAAAAUAGAACAAAUUAUAUUGUUAACAAGAGAAAAAAAAACAUAAAAAGAUUUAGAAACUUUUUAAAAAAAGAUGUUUGUCAAGUAAAGUUAAUGGGAAUAAACAAGUUUUUACUUAAAUUCUCUCUUUAAUUAAACUUUUUUUUGGAUUAAGAUAACAACUAAAACAAACUUACUCUUAUUAUUAUUAUUAUUACAAAACAAAAUAUUAAACAAAAAAUGGUGUAUUUGUAGUAUCGUUUAAAAUUUCACACUUUAUAUACAUACUUACAUAAAAUUAUAUAUUUAUAUGUAUUUAAACAAUAUAUUUAUAAACAAAAAAUAUUAACAAAAAGAAUUACCACAAAAUUUAAAUAAAAACACAAUACAAU